UGAAACAAGGAGGAGCCAACUGUCUACAAUGCCUACUUCCAAAGUCCAGCCAUAUCACGCUGGUGAUGGUGCCCUGCCAAGGUCGCCCCUGAAAAUGCCAGAGGGGCUCAAGACCAAAGUAGUUGCCCCACGGAACCCCAAACUAGUGGGGUGGGAAGACAGGCCCAGGAAGGUUCUUCCGUCUGAGUUUGCCCGUGAGAUGUCCCUGUCCACAGAGGAGAAGCUGGCCAGCAUUCAUGUCAUGCACCCGCCACGCAUCCUGGAGCUGCUGGACAUGAGCGAGACCACACAUCAGAAGUUUUCCUCGGUCGACGUGGACCAGGCUCUGUUCCAGCCGUUUCCCUCAGAGAUCAUCUUCCAGAACUACUCUCCCUCAGAAACCUACCAGAUCCCCCUCACCCUCCGCAACAACGACAAGAUUCCUCGGCUGGUGAAGGUCAUGGAGGAGGAUUCCCUGUACUUCCGUGUGGUCAGUCCAGUGGAUGUGGGCAGCAAAGUAGCUCCAGGGAUGGCCUCCAUUUUCACUGUGCUCUUCUCCCCUCAGGAGAACAAGGACUACCUUCACAGGGUUGUCUGUGUGACAGAGAGGGAGAAGUUUGAGGUUCCGAUUCGGGCGAUCGGAGCAAGGGCUGUCCUGGAUUUCCCUGAUCAGCUGCACUUUCCCGUCUCUCCUGUGAAGGCCGUGGCUCAACGAACCUUACUGGUCAGGAACAUAGGCAACACAGAAGCCAGGUUCCAGCUACUCACACACAGCCCUUUCUCAGUGGCGCCCCCUUUGGGAACAGUGGCAGUAGGAGCCAGCAUACAGGUGUCAGUGGACUUCCUCCCCAAGACUUCUGGAGACCACUGCCAAGACCUGCAUCUCCACUACCACACAGGGGAGGACGUGUGCCUGCGGCUGUACGGCGCGGCAGCAGACGUGAACGUGAGGCUGGAGCGGAGCUCCGUCAUGGUGGAGAGGACGUUCGUGUCCCUGUCCAGCCAGCGCGCCGUGGCCCUCCUCAACAGGAGCGACGCGCUGCUGCACUACCGCUGGAGCGCCUUCGCCAGCGAGGGGGAGGAGGAGGAGCUCAAGCUCAGCGAGUGCAAGGAGUUGUACCAGGAGCAGGAGGAUGAAAUGGAGAACUUCCUGUCCGAGUGUGACGCCGACCCCACCGUGCGAGACCGCCUCUCUCUGCUCUCCAGAACCUUCCAGGAGCGACGCCGGCAGCUGCGCCAGGACCACCCGGCCCUCUUACACAGCCACAUCACAGUGGAGCCCCUGGAGGGGGACAUCUGGCCCAACUCCUCCGCAGACAUCAGCAUCAUCUUCAAACCACGGGAGGCCACCGCUUACCAGCUCACGCUCUACUGCGACAUCACAGGUCGCGAGUCUCGCCUGCCUUUAAGGAUCAAGGGGGAGGGGGUCGGCCCCAAACUCCAGUCCAACUUUGAUCUCCUCGACAUGGGCAACAUCUUUGUGGGCUCCAAGCACAGCUAUGAGGUGCUGCUGUCCAACCAGGGGCUCAUCACCGCCUCCUACAGUGUGGAGAGUCCAAGUUCAGCCUUCGGCCGCUGUUUCUCCUUCUGUCCAGCAGAGGGCGUGGUUCCCCCUGGGAAGUGCCACGCCCUGGAGGUCUGCUUCUCCUGCAGCACCCUGGGAAAUUUCUCAGAGGAAAUCCUCUUGACUGUGAUUGGAAACCCUCAGCCCCUGACCCUCACCUUCAGGGGGCGUGUGAUGGGCCCCACCUUCCACUUCAGCAUCCCAGAGCUCACAUUUGGAGACGUGUCUUUUGGCUUCCCUCACACCCUGACCUGCAGCCUCAGUAACACCUCCCUGGUUCCCAUGGCGUUUGCCCUGCGUGUCCCCGGGGAUGGCGACGGAGCCCCCAGCGUGACCAGCGUCUCCCAGGUGGCCGACCUGUCCCGGGCGGACUGGCCGUGCAGCAGCGCCGAGGGCAGCAGGCCGGCCGAGUUCAGCCUCAGCCCCCGCUCGGGCACAGUGAGGCCCCAGGGCCAGAUGUCCAUUCAGGUGACACUGUGUUCUAACAGGGUGCGGAGCUACCGUCUGGCACUGGUGGUGGAUGUGGAGGGAGUGGGGGAGGAGGUGCUGGCCCUGCCCAUCACAGCCAGGUGCGUCGUGCCUGAGGUUGUCGUGGAAACCUCAUUGCUAGAGUACCACGGCUGUUUCCUUGGUUACCCAUACGAGCAAAUGUUGAAGCUUAUCAACAGCAGUGACCUCCCAGCCUGCUAUGGCCUCCUCUUCCAGGAGUACGAGGAGAGGCCGGCGCUGGUGUACUCCAGCGCCCACCCCAGAGGGGUGGUGCAGCCCGGCAGUGCUGUGGAGAUCCCCCUCGUCCUGCAGGCCAAGGCUGUGGGGCGGCUGCAGCACACCGCUCUCAUCGCUGUGUUUGGCAGGAAGGAGCCCCCUCUGGAGGUGUUGCUGUCCUGUAUUGGGAAGGGUCCUGAGGUGCUUGUUGCGACCACACAUCUCGACUUUGGCUCCAUCCCAGUGUUGACGGAUGUUUCUAGAACCCUGCAGCUGUGUAACGAGUCUCCCAUCCCAGCGCUCUUCUCAGCACAGAUGGGCCGCAGCAGGUCUCUGUGGAGGGUGGAGCCCAGCGAGGGUGUGGUGUCUCCAGGGAGCCAGCUGGAGCUGAGAGUGGUGGCCCACCUGGACGACACCCUGCGCUUCCACGACCACCUGCUGCUGCUGGUCCAAGACAGACAGCCACACCGCAUCUCGCUGCUCGCCAAGGGGACCGGCACCACCAUCGUCACAGACCGACCCUUCGCCCCGAGCCUGGACCUAGGGGCCCACUUCAGCUCUGGGCCGUGUCAGUACCACCUCAGACUGACCAAUCGUGGCCGGCGUUCUCACCAGCUGUACUGGACCAGCGAGGGGUUUCCUGUGUUCGCUCGCAGGGGCUCACGAGAGUCCAGGGGCCCCGGCCCCGUGUUCAGCAUCAGGCCCCCCCGCAUGGAGCUAGCGCCCGGACACUCUGCUGACAUCGUGUUGGAGGGCUCUUUAGACAGCCCCAAGCUGGUGCGGGAGCGCCUGGUGUGUCAGGCCAUCCUGGGCCACCAGAGUGGGACGGAGCGCAUCCUGACGGUGGACGUGACCUGCAGCUUUGUGGCUCCCGUUCUCCACAUCUCCUCUCAACAGCUCAACUUCUACCUGGAGAAGGCCCCAGGAGUGAGUUUGGCCCCCCAGUACCAGAAGCUAAUCCUGCGGAACGUGUCGUCCCUGCCCCUCUCCCUGGAGCUCUCUCUGGCCAGGCCGUUUGGACUGUGUGGCUGGCAGAACGACUCCAAUCCUGUCACCUCCAAGAGCCUGGUGAUGGGGGUGAACAUGCAGGCAGAGCUGUGGGUGCGCUUCGAGCCGUCGUACCGGGAGGACCGUGUGUCGCGCGUGGCGGAGGAGGAGCUGCGGGUGCAUUACCGGGAGCACCCCCGGCAGGACUCGGUGGGGCUGCGGGGCGAGGUCCACUUCCCCAACCUGCUCUUCUCCAGCACCGGCCUGGACUUUGGCUGCGUGCUCAACCACACGGAGAGCCAGCGGCAGCUCACCAUGACCAACAGCUCCCCACUGGCCGUGGCCUACCGCUGGGCCUUCCUGGUGGACCAGCACCGCUACGCCAUCAGGUUCUCUGGGCAGCAGGAGAAGGAAGGGAGGGAGGAGGAGAGAGAUGUGCGACCUGAUUGGUCCAAGAGGACAAACGAUGACAUCCGUGUGGAUUCUAACAGGAAGGGUGACGGUUCCCAGCUGUCCCUAGACGAGGGCGAGACGGAGAAGACCGACCUGGAAAAUGACACCAAGGAAGGAGGGGGGUCCCCAAAGGAGACCCCCUCUCCCUCCUCCUCUCCCCCGGCCCCCCGCAUCUUCCCAGAGGGGAGACACUCUCCCCACGCCCAGUUUACCACCCCCAACACCCCCAACAGCGUUGGCGUGGAAGAGGUGUUUGACAUCCUGCCUAUCUACGGGCUGCUGCAUCCAGGACAGAGCCAGCUGGUCACCUUCUCCUUCUACGGCCACGCCCACGUCCGGGCGGAGGUGAUGGCGCUGUGCGAGGUGGAGGAGGGGCCCACCUAUGACAUCACACUCAAAGGAGAGGCCUCAUUGGUGGCCUACAGCCUGGACACCAGACACCUGGACUUUGGGCUCCAGCUGUUUGACCAUGUUGCCGAGGCAGAGAUGACCCUGAGCAACACAGGCAGGGUGGGCUUCCAGUUCAGCACCCUGCAGGAGGAUCUGAACCCUGGAGACCCCCAGCCUGGCCAGCCCCUCGUCCUCCCAGCCUCGGGCUACGUCGAGGCUGGUUCCUCCCAGACCCUGCGUGUGUGCUACCUUCCUGGGGUCCCGGAGGUGUUCCUCAAGAGCUUCCAGCUGCAGGUGGCCUUCUACCAGCCGGAGAACAUCUCUGUCACAGGGGAGGGGGUCUUCCCUCGCCUCUGUAUGGACCUGCCCCGACAUCUUGACGAGGACAGGUACAGUGAGGUGCUGAGGAGGGCCAGAGGGGUACUGGAGGAGGAGAGGGCAGCAGAGGAGAGCAGGCCCGCUACAGCAGAAUCCCUGCUGCCUGACCAAGACUACGUCCCCACGUAUGACGGCCUGCUGCAGCUGGAGGUGGAGAGACUGCUGGUGAAGGAGCAGGCUGCUGUGGGCUGGAGCCAGGAGAACACCCAGCCCACCUGCUCCAUCAGCAGGUGGCGCAAGAAGCUCAGCAGGUUCCUCCUGCCUGAGUACCUGCUGGACUUUGGCUUUGUCAUCCAUGGGACGGUUCCCACCCACAUCGUCAAGGUGACCAACACGGGGCCUGCCGCUGUGUCCUUCCGCGCUGACCGACGCCCCCUCACAGGCACAGGCUUCAGCACAGAGCUGGACAGAGUGAAGAACCUUCCGUACUGUAAGACCGAGACGUUCGAGGUGAAGUUUGACCCCCGAGGAGCCAACCUGGAACUGGGGGCCGUCAGCUGUGUCCUGCCCAUCCAGGUGGCCGGGGGCCCUACGGUGCAGGUGAAUCUGCGUGCCGUCGCCACGAUGCCCUCCCUGGUGGUUUCCACGGAUACGCUGCGGUUUGACCGCGUGCAGUGUGGGAUGUGCCAGGUGCGCACCGUGCAGCUGUCCAACCCGGAGCCGGUGCCCUGCCAGUGGAGCAUCGCUGAGGAGGAGCGCCCCAGAGUGAAGCUGGACAAGCACCUGCCCCUGCACCUGAGAAGGAAGGAGAAGAGGCCUUCUCCGGUGGUGUUUGAGAUGCUGCCCUCGGCUGGCCUGCUCUACCCUGGAGACAGAGUCAACGUCCAGGUCAAGUUCGGCCCUGUGGAGGGGCGUGCAUACAGCCAGCGGCUGGUGGUGUGUGUGCAGCAGAGCAGCAGGUGGGCGGGGCUGCAGGUGCAGGGCGAGGGGGACGAGCCCCGGCUGGACUGGUCGUCCUCCAAGCUGGAGCUGGGCCCCACCCUGCCCCUCAGCGCUGGCCAGGGGGCCCAGCUGCUGGUCAGGAACCCCUGCCCCUUCCCCAUCGAGUUCUACUCCCUGGAUUUCGACAAGCAGUACCUGGAGGAGGAGAAGAUUCUCCGGGUGAUGAAGGGCUAUGAUGAGCAGAACGUCCUGCUGCUGCCCCCACGGUCUGCUGGAGACACCCUGCCCCCUGAGCUGCUGCAGCACUACAGGGAGCACCACACUGACCCAGCCGAGCCUGAGUCUGGCCCCAAGGACCAGGACUCCCCUGACUCAGCAGGGGGGGGGGAGGGCCAAGAGGAGGAGCUAGCCGUCACGCCGGCCGACCAAUCCCAGGAGGAGGAGAGGGAGGAGUUCGGGAGGGCUCCGCCCUCCAAGGAAGGGACUCCAUGUGGAGCAGAGCUGAAGGAGGACAGUGAGGGCGGCAGCAGCGUGGGCCAGCUGGAGGACAACCCCGUGUCCAGAGCCAUCGCUCGCCACAUGGGCAUCGACCUCUCCCCCGAGGGCCUGGCCGCACGCAACCGCCGCAGCAUCGCCGUCGUCGUACACGGAGCGCCCCUCUCAGGUAAGACGGCAGCGGCGGUGGCGCUGGCCCGGCGGUACGGAGGGGCGUGUCUGAGCCUGGACGCCGUGCUGCAGGAGGCCGUCUGCAGCGGGGCCACACCCACGUGCCUGCAGGCCAGGGAGCUGUGCGCCCGCGCCGCCAUGGAGCGCGCUCAGAGGAGGCGGGAGGAGGCCGCCCAGGCAGCAGGGGAGCUGAGUGCAGCAGCAGGUCUGAGUGUGGAGGCGGUGGCCAGACACACAGCAGAGGGCAGCCAGGCCAGUGAGCCCCAGGGCCCCUCCUCCUCCCUCUCCACACGCAACAAGAACAGCCUGCUGGGCAGGAGGGCUGACGGCUCACAGCCCACCCUACCUUCUCUGGCUGGGCAGCGUCAGCUCAGUGCCAGUGAGAGUCAGCUGGCAGAGCUGGGGCUGGUGAGCUGCUGCCUCCCUGAACACAUACUGGAGGACAUCCUGGCAGAGAGACUACAGCUGAGCGACUGUCACCGUGGCGUUGUGAUUGACGGCUUGGAGACGGCGUAUGGUCGAUCGCUGAGCAGCACCCUGCAGGUGGUCCUGAAGGCCUUCAACAACCGGCAGCACAUCUACCUGGUGGACCUGCACAACUCCUACCCUGCCUUCAGAGCCAGGGAGAGGGCCCAGAGAGACGCAGAGGAGGCUGGUCAGAGGGAGCAGGCUGACAGGGAGAAGCAGCACCUGCAGGAGAUGGACGAGGAGGAGUACGACGCUCUGCCAGAGCAGGAGAAGGAGCGCAUCCACCUCAGACAGCUGGCAGCCCUGAGGGAACGCAGACGGAGGGAACAGGAGCGGGCGGACUGGGAGCAGGAUGAGAGGAGGCACCAGGAGGAGAUGGAGAGACUGAGAGAGGAGGAGGAGAUGAAGAGGAAGAACAAGAAAGGCAAGAAGGAGCCUCCUAAAGACACAGACUCCUCUGGGAAGAAGAGCCAGCUGGGAGGGAAGCAGUCGGCCACUGCUCUGCGCUCAGACACCAAGCUGGACCACCCUGUGAAGGACAUGAAGAAGAUGUCUUCCUGCGCGGAAGGGAAGGAGUGCAAAGAGUCCCCUCUGGAGGGCAGCAGAGAGGGAGAGGAGGCGCAGAAGAAGAGGAGGCCCAGAGAGGGGAAGCCAGGAGGGCUGGAGGAGUCCCCACUGCCUGGAGACGACCCUGAGGCAGAACCUUCUAGUGAAGAGCCCCACGGCCUGCAGGCCAGGUUCCGUGUGUACGAGCAGAGCCAGCCCCACCUGCUGCACAUCCUGCAGUACUGGGACCGCGCCCAGGGCCUGCUGGCCCUGCCCUUCCUCCCCGAGGAGGCGGCCCCCGACACGGAGGAACCCGCCCCCGAGAGACAGCCGCCCUCCGGCAAGAAGUCCAAGAAGGAGCGCGAGAAGGAGAAGGUGGAGAAGGAGAGGGAGCGCCAGGAGAAGGAGAAGCAGAAGGCCGACGUUGUGGACGCCAAACUGUUGUCCCCGGUGCCCAGUCAGGCCACCCUGCCCGGGGAGGGCAGCGAGGCGGGGGGGGACAGGGACCCGGUCCCCUUCGAGGCCAUCCCCCACCUCCUGCUGUCUGUGAGCGACCCAGAGCAGCCCGGCGUCGCUCAGCUUCUCAGCAGCCUCCGGCUGCCCUCCGUGGAACAGGUGUUGGACGGUCUGGGCUUGGGCCCCAGCGGCCCCCCCAUCCCCCCAGCCACCAUCUUCUCGGUGGUGCCCUACCCCGUGAGCAGGGGAGACCCCAGCGCCCCCUGCUCCUGCUUCACCUUCCUGACGCCCACCUCCCCCGACGACCCCCUGGACCCCGACAGGAAAGACCCUGACCUGGACACAGAGGCUCCGGGCUCCCUCGCUCCGCCCAAGGAUGAGGGGGUGACCCCUACCAAGGGCAGAGGGAAGAAGGCGGAGGUCUCCAAGGAGAGUGUGAAGGACAAGAAGAAGCCCACGGCUAAGAAGGGGGGCCGGACGGGCGAGUCUCGCUCGCCCCCCUCCAGCGCCGUCACCCCUCUCUCAGAGAACGAGCAGAGCAGUCGAUCUGGAGGCACCCAGCAGGAGCAGCCCCAGGGGCUCUCCACAUUCCGCUGGGUCGUGCCAGCCAAUGGGGAGGUGGCGCUGAAGAUCUGGUUCCACUCGACCACGCCUGGACAGUUCGACCAGACGCUCAACUUUGAGCUGCUCGGCACCAGGAGACGCUACCAGGUCAACUGUCGGGGCGUGUGUGCGUACCCCUCCAUCAGCCACGAGUACAAGACGGUGUUUGCCAACUGUAAGAGGGUCACACACCAGGAGGAGGGGCUGCAGAAGACCUACGUUGUUCGUUCCGGUCAUUAUGAGUUUGGUCCUCUGCUCUGUGGCAAGACCAGAGACAGGUACAAGGAGAGGAAGUAUCCAGAGAACAUGGAGAGGCUGGUGAUCCACAACACCUCUCCUCUGGAGGCCGAGGUCCACUUCUGCUUCCAGCACGACACCAAGGCGUCCACCUUCCUGCUGGACCCCCCGGUGAUGACCGUCAGACCCAACGAGAAGCAGGAUCUGACGGUGUGGGCGUAUCCCACCAGCCCGGGCCAGGUGGAGGACUCCCUUCUGUGUCUGGUCAAGGAGAACCCAGAGCCCGUCCUGUUCCGCCUCUCCUGCCAUGGCGUCCGCCCCGAGCUGGAGCUGGAGCGCAAACAGCUGCACUUCGACAAGAUCCUGGUGCACAGUAAGGACACUCGCAGCCUGGUCCUGCGGAACCACACAGCCCUGCCAGCCGCCUGGCGUCUGAGCGGCCUGGAGGUGCUGGGGGACGAGUUCAGCGUGUCCCAGGACCAGGGCAUCAUCCUGCCCCAGUCGGAGUUCAGCUUGCAGAUGCACUUCAGAGCCCUGAAGCCCAUCAACCUCAAGAGGGCCAUCCGCCUGGAGGUGUCAGAUGUAGAGAACAUUUUGGGUAUCGUCCACACAGAGAACAUCCAGAUCAUCGCAGAAGCGUACGACGUAGCGUUGGACAUCACCUUUCCCAAAGGGGCAGACGGCGGGCUGGACUUUGGGACCCUUAAGGUGUCGGAGGAGGUCAAGCUGUCUGUGAACCUGAAGAACAAAGGCAAAUACGAGAUUGCAUUCAAGUUCAUGCUGGAGUCCACCUACCCCUCCCAGCCAGAUCUGAACCAGAUCUUCACCAUCUCCCCCCUGAAGGGCCCCCUCUACCCUGCCGACAGGCCCACCUGCAUCCAGCUAGUCUUCAGGCACAACAAGGAAGUUUCCAUUAAAGAGCAGCCAAUCCUACGCUGCCAGGUGAUUGAGCCCAACCUUGGAGAGGGAGGCGAGACCAUCGCCAUCAUCCCUAUCAAGGUGUCGGUCCAGUCCCUGUUCUCCAAGUACAGCAUCCUGCCCUCCAACGACAUCAACUUCGGCCCCUUGAUCUACGGCUGUAAGAAGACCCAGAGCUUCACCAUCGAGAACAAGGGAGACUUUGAGAUCCGCUUCAGCAUCAGCAGGAUGUCCAAGGACCUCCCUGUUCAUUCUCAGAGGAGAGGCAUUGUGACCAAGAGAUCGUCCAGAGAGAGCCACUCAGCCAAGCCUCCCACCAGUAACAAAGUGAGGCGCACUGACUCCGUCCAGAAAGACAUGACCGUGACCAUGCAGGCCAGGCUGACCGUGGGGGUAUUCACGGUGGCCCCUGGCUUCGGGACCCUGGCCCCCGGGGGCCAGCAGGUGGUGACAGUGGACUGCCUGGCAGAGCAGGCCGGGCGCUGGCAGGAGUGUCUGGCUGUCGACAUCAGCGACCGAGACCCUGCUGACCACCCUGGAGGCAUCCCCUACCGCCUGGUGGCUGAGAUCUGCAUGACAGGUAUCAACUGUAAGGACAUGGCGUCCAUCUUUGAGGAGCACCGCCUGUGUCCCACCGCCAGCCUGCUGCAGUGCGAGCCGUUCUGCCACGCGGACGGCGUCUACAUCCUGGACGAGAACAGGUUCGUCUUCAACAACGUCCUGGUCGGCCAGCCGGCCACGGCCCGCUUCCGCCUCACCAACAUGGGCAAGGUGCCCUGCGAGCUCAGCUUGGCCGUCAGGUCUGUCAGCACCAAGGUGCCCAUGCGCAAUGUGGAGGUGUUUGAGGUGGCUCCGACCAAGGUGUGCAUCCCUAGCCACUCCCACAUCUUUGCUGUGGUGACCUUUGCCCCCCAGUCCAUGCAGACCUACCAGGCUGUCUUUGAGGCCUCUCUAGAAGGAGCUACCAGCCUGUUGCCCAUGGCUAAGUCCAGACCCUUGGUGUUUGACCUGGCCGGCGAGGGGAACCUGCCCAGCGUGACGGUGGUGCGUCCGGCCCUCAGGACCAGCCGAGGAGAACCCCUGCUGCAGUUCAGACACCUUCUGGGCACACACACACCCUCCCAGACUCUGCUGCUGAACAACGACAGCAACAUACCCGCACAGGUACACAUGGAUCUUCUGGAUAAGAUGGGUGUGUUUACGCUCAGGGCUACUCCUAACACGCCUGGCUGCACCUUCUCCUCCUCACGCCUAGAGGGCCCCGCAGGCACAGAGGGCGCGGUGGCCCACAGCGCCUCCCUGAGGCUGGGGGUAGGGCAGCAGGCCGAGUUUGAGGUGGGCUUCAUCCCUGCCCAGCCCCUCCAGGUGACCGCUAGCAUCAGUCUGCAGGUGGAGGACAACCCGUUCGAAGACACUCUCAUCUGCCUUCAGGCGGAGGGUUACCGCGACGACAUCACCCUCACCAACAUCAGCAACCUAGCCCUACAGGACGAGGAAGCAGCCAAUGGGUGCCAGCAGGUGCUGCAGUUUGGCGACUGCCACGUGGGCCGCUCCUACCAGCAGAGCUUCACCAUGUCCAACCUGAGCUCCAGCCACGUGGUGCGCUUCUCCUGGCCCAGCGAGCCGGCCCAGCUCAGCUUCUCCCCCGGCGUGGGCCACCUCCACGCCGGCUGCUCCAAGGACGUCACCGUCACCCUGUGCUCCCAGCAGCCCCUGCAGCUGAGUCGGGCGCUGGCGAGGUGCUCGCUAAGCAGGUUGGAGUUCCAGCAGCCCGUGGAGCAGGUGGCGGACUGGGACGACCGGCGGCGCACCGUCCACUGGCUGGACGCCGGCAGGGAGGCGGGGCAGAGGCAGCCUGCCAAGAAGAAGGUGGUUGAGACAGACCCAGAGCCGUGCUGCUCUGUAGUGGAGAACUCCCAGAGGGAUCUGGAACUGUGUGUCAGUGCUGUGUGUGACUACGCCAAGUUCUCCUGCAGCACGGAGCCCAUCCGCUUCAGAGACACUCUGCUCUACCAAACCCGGGUAUUCCAACUCCCGAUGGAGAACCAGGGUUCUGUUGAGCUGGAGUUCUCCUGGCAGGUCCUCAUGGACAGAUCUGGAAAGACUAUGGGCUUUCAUCACCAAGGCGUGACCCCAGGCUCCGGCCGGAGCAGCGUGUCAGCUCUGCGUCCGGCCAGCGCGCUGGGCAGCGUGUCGGCCCUGCUGCUCGGAGACCCAGAGCUGCCUCCCUUCUCAGUGGAGCCCAGCUCUGGCACCAUCCGGCCUGGGGACACACACACUCUCCUCAUCCGCUUCUCCCCCCUGGAGGUGGCUGAGUACCAGGCCAGGCUGGUCUGCAGCAUCCCUAACCUGAAGGAUGAACUGGCUCCCAACAUGGAGGUGGCUGGUCGGAGUCUCCUCCCCUACUGCCACUUCCACCUGGAGGACUCAGACUACCUCAGCAGCCACAGACGCAGUCUGGAGCUGCGCGGUCCACACGGAGCCCCUCCCAGGGAGCCCCUGCACCCCAGCACACGCACCAUCCAGUUCACCUCCGUCGGCCUCGGGCCCCACGUCACCAGAAGGUUCAGUGUGGUGAACCCAACCAACAAGACCUACUCCUUCCAGUGGAGGUGUGAGGACUCCAGCCCUCUGCCCUUCCGCUGCCUCGUCCCCCAGAAGAGCAUCCAGCCUGGGAAGAAGGUGGAGUUGGGGUUUGAGUUUGUUGCGGAGCAGCUGGAGACGGUGGAGUCGUUCUGGAGCUUCCUGAUCCCAGAGCUGUCCCUGUCGGUGCCCUUCCUGCUGGUGGGCUCGGCCAGCGACCCUCUGGUCUACCUGGACUGUGCCUACCUCAACAUGGGGCACCUUCUGCAAGGCUGCAGGGUGGAGCACACGGUGCUGGUGGUGAACGAGGAGGAGCAGCCGUUCUCCUUCUCCAUCCUGGAGACGUCUCGCCACUCCCAGGGCUUCCAGGACAGCCUGCUGGUGCAGCCCAUGACGGGAAUCCUGCCCCCUAAACACAGGCUGCCCCUGGUGGUGUCCUUUACGCCCAGCCAGGAGGGCCUGGUGACCUUCAACCUGGUGCUGCAGAUCCGGGGGAAGGUGGAGCCCCUGAGGCUGAACGUGAAGGCGGAGGGCUUCACCCUGAGUGCCUGUGUCGUCCUGCAAGGCCCCGAGGGGGACCUCACUGAGCUGGCCCCCACACACACACACACGCUCAACUUCAGAGAGGUGGAGCUCCGUGACGAGUCGUCCUGGUUGUUCCUGGUGUCCAACCACGGAAGGUUCAACCUGGAGGUUGAGUUUGAUCUCUGGGGCAGCGCUGAGCUGCGGAGGCAGCUGCAUGUGGAGCCAGAGAGGGCCGCUGUGGAGGUGGGCCAGCAGAUGAGCUGCACCCUCACCUUCUCACCUCUGCAGACGUGUGUCCUCAGGGACGUGGGACUGAACAUCAGGGUGACGAACGGUGCUGUGUUCAGCGUGGCCCUGGCGGGCUCGUCCGUGCCCCCUGGCCUGGACUUCUCCUACCUCAAACAUGACUUUGGCAUGAGCUUCAUCUACUGCCCUGGCAUGGUGCCCCCCUCCAGCACGCUCUGCAUCAGCAACAAAGGACUGAGGGCCGCCAGUCUGGACUGUCAGUUCCAGACCUCAGCCUACCUGGAGGUGAGUUUCCAGCCCCAGGUGCUGCCCCCUGGAGGCAGCUUGCAGGUGCCCAUCACCUUCUACCCUCGCGAGGCCAGACGCUACCGCGACUCGCUGCUCUUCACCAUCAACGCCUGCACCAAGCAGCACGUCGAAAUCCUGGGACAAGGCGUAGAGAUGAAGGUGGAGCUGGUUGACCCCAGCCAGCGCCAGGUGAACCUGGGUGCUCUGCUGGUGGGUCAGAAGAGCAGGAAGAUCAUCCCCUUGGUGAACAACAGCCCCUCAGCCCUGACCCUGACCCUGCUGCUGCACACCAGCACACCAGCCCUGCUGGACGCCAGGGUGAUGUCAGUCAGCCCAGCAGCAGAAGUGACCCUGGCUCCCGGGGGCCGCUGCGUGGCCGAGAUCCUCUUCUGUCCCCGCCAGCGGGUGGAGCCCUUCCGGGUCGAGCUGCAGGCGGAGUCCCUGGGCGUGCUGCGCCCCCUGGUGGAGUUGACGGGCUGCUGCCAGGGGGUGGAGGUCAGCCUGGACCAGGACUUCCUGCCGUUCGGGGCCGUCGCCCAGCGCUGCUCGGCCACGCGACGCAUCAUCAUGACCAACACCGGAGACAUCGGGGUCAGGUUCCAGUGGGACGUGAAGAGGUUUGCCCCGGACUUCUCCAUCUCCCCAGCGGAGGGCUACCUGAGCGGGGGGCAGGAGGUGUCCCUCCUGGUGACCUUUGCCCCCCUGGAGCUCAGCUCCGAGCUGCGCUACAACCGCCUGCCCUGCUCCGUGGAGGGCUCCGCGCCCCUCACCCUCACCCUGGCCGGCUCCUGCAUCCCCCCCCCGGUCAACAAGGAUGUGGUGACGUUCUCCUGCCAGGUGCGUGGGCAGCAGACCCAGAGUGUGAGUCUGUCUAACCGGACGGCCCAGCGCUGGAGCCUGCGGCCCGCCAUCGAGGGGGAGCACUGGAGCGGGCCGCCCUCCCUCACCCUGGAGCCCCACCAGAGCGGCACCUAUGACAUCAUCUACCGGCCCCUCGUCAUGACCGCCGACGGCAAGAAACAUCAGGGGUCAGUGUUCUUCUCCUUCCCUGACGGGACGGGUCUGCUGUACCUGCUGCAGGGCACGGCCGACCCCCCCAAGGCGGUGUCCACCAUCAGCCAAGAGCUGCCCUGCAAGACCCACUACACCCAGCUGGUGCCUGUCCACAACUGGCUGGCCAAGCCUCAGAGGUUCCGAGCGCUGGUGGACGUCAUGAAGCCUGAGAAGGUGGACAGCACAGUGACCCUGAAGGGGCUGGACUAUGUGGAUGUCCCUGCGCUGGCCACAACAGACUACAAGAUCUCCUUCUUCACCUACAAGGAGGGCGUGUACAACGCUAAGGUGACGUUCCGCAACGAGGUGUCUGGGGAGUACCUGUUCUACUUCCUGAACCUGCGGGCCACGCCCCCCGGCGUGAUGAGCAGCGUGGAGAUGACCACGCCCGUCCGCCAGACGGCCUCCGCCUCCGUCACCCUGGACAACCCCCUCCCUGGCACCCUGAGCUUCACUGCAGAGUGCCGCUGCCCUGACGUCAGCCUGCCUCCACAGCUGUCUGUCCCUGGCCUGGCUAAGGGCACUCUGACUUUUGAGUACCAGCCCCUCCGUGCGGGGGAGAGCUCGACUCGCCUGGUGGUCCAGAACAGCGAGCUGGGCUACUUCAACUACGAGCUGCUGCUGCGGGCGCUGCCCGCCCCCCCGGAGAAGCCCCUCCUCUUCCGGGCCGCGCUGGGCGCCGCCCACUACCUCUCCGCCCGCUUCACCAACUACUCCCGCGUCAAAGCAGAGUACAGCUGGAAGACGGACUGCCAGGACUUCACCGUAGAGAAGAACAUCCACGCCGCUGCAGGUUACCAGGCUGGCUCCGAGGCCAGCGUGGAGGUGUGCUUCGAGCCCAGCCGGCUGGGAGAGGUGCGGGCCACGCUCACCCUCUCCUCAGCGUUCGGGGGCGAGUACGUGUUCCCCCUGUACGGCACCUGCACCCCCCCCAGGGCCCAGGGCCCCUUCCCCAUCCGCUCCGGCUCCAGCGUGUCCAUCCCCUUCAAGAACGUCUUCCUGCAGACCACAGCCUUCUCCUUCCAGGUGGACAACCCAGCCUUCACCGUGAAAGGGGUGGAGACCAUCCGGCCCAAGAAGACCCACAACAUCCUGGUGAUGUUCGAGGGCUCCCCGACCGGAGCCCGGGGGAAGCUCACCAUCUCCAGCCCUCGCUCCGAGGGCCACGGCCAGGCUGUCAGCUGGGUGUUCUACCUGCGGGGGUACUGCCCUGAGCUGGGCCAGACCAGGGACAAGAGCUAGGGAACACACACACCUCACACACAUCUGUCUCUCUCACACACACACACACCUCACA